AGUUUCUGCAAAUGUGAUGUUGCAAAUGCCUUAAAAUCACGGUGGAUGAGCAAAACUCUGAAAUGAAUUGAGUUCAACGUGGGGUGUUUGUUUUAGGAUGGGCAAGAAGCGAGCGAUGUUGCCGGUGGAGGACGUUGACUUGACGGUCGUCAAGUAUGAACAUGAAGUGAUAACAGCUCCUCAUUUAACAGGUUUCCAAUUGAAGUUAUUCGUUUGGUUGGCCGAGGCUCCACUCAUAGGGUCCUUAAUCAUGUCCUCAAUGAAGAAGCUGAACGGAAUGGAUGAGAUGCUGCGGAGGACUGUGAUACCAGAAAAACCCAUGUUUAGACCGGAGUUCCCACCUCAAGAAAAAGAAUCUGGUGUUAUCAUCAUGGAAGAAGGUAGUAGUGCUGUUGACCGUGUUGAAUUAGCUUUGAAGUGCCUUUCACCUUAUGAUCCUGCACAUCACUGGACUGGUGACUUUCCAUUUUUGUACUGGAAGAUCCGUGACUAUGCACAUGCUUAUCGAUUUGGGCAUGUGACCCCAUCAAUGGUUGCAGAGAAAAUUAUCUCAGCCACAGAGGAAUUCAACAAGAGGAACCCUCCAAUGCCAUUCUUGAUCAGCUUUAAUGCCGAGGAUCUGAGGACACAAGCUGCUGCUUCUACACAGAGGUUUGAGGAAGGAAAACCACUUUCUACUUUGGAUGGCAUUUUCAUGGCGAUCAAGGAUGAUAUAGACUGUUACCCUUACCCAACUAAGGGUGGAACAACAUGGUUUCAUGAGGUCCGUCCUGUUAAAGAAGAUGCAGUUUCUGUUUCAAGAUUGCGAAGCUGUGGUGUAAUUCUUAUAGGGAAGGCAAAUAUGCAUGAGUUUGGCCUUGGGACUACUGGAAACAAUCCAAACUAUGGGUCAGCAAGGAACCCUCAUGCACUAGAUAGGUAUACUGGGGGAUCUUCGUCUGGCCCAGCAGCAAUUGUAGCUUCUGGACUAUGUUCAGCUGCACUAGGAACAGAUGGUGGAGGUUCAGUGCGAAUUCCUUCUUCACUUUGUGGUGUAGUGGGGUUGAAGACGACUUAUGGGCGGACUGACAUGAAAGGAUCACUGUGUAAUUGUGGGACUGUGGAAAUUAUUGGUCCAAUUGCAUCAACAGUUGAGGAUGUCAUGCUAGUGUAUGCUGCAAUAUUGGGCUCCUCUACUGCUGAUAGGAUCAGUUUGAAUCCAUCCCCUCCUUGUUUGCCAAAUUUGACAACAUAUGAAAGUUCAAAUGCUUUAAGAUCAAUACGACUGGGAAAGUAUACAGAGUGGUUUAAUGAUGUAUACUCAACCGAUAUUUCUGAUAAGUGUGAGGAUGUUCUUAAUAUGAUUUUACGAACUCAUGGAUGUGAAAUUAAAGAGAUUGCAAUACCGGAUCUGCGUGAGAUGCGAACUGCACAUAUUGUUUCAAUUGGUUCUGAAUCACUUUGUGGAUUAAAUCCCGACUGUGAGGAUGGGAAAAAUGCUCAAUUGACGCUAGAUACUCGCACAAAUUUGGCACUUUUCCGAUCCUUCUCUGCAUCAGAUUAUGUCGCCUCCCAGCGUCUGAGGAGAAGGAUCAUGCAUCAUCAUAUGGAAAUUUUCAAGAAGGUUGAUAUCAUAGUAACCCCAACAACUGGUAUCACAGCGCCUGAAAUACCUCCAGGCUCUCUCAAUCAAGGGGAGACAAAUUUACAGGUUUCAGGAUAUCUCAUGCGGUUCAUAUUAGCAGCUAAUCUUCUUGGACUCCCUGCGAUAUCUGUCCCUAUUGGUCAUGACAAACAAGGUCUUCCAAUUGGCUUGCAACUGAUAGGCCGUCCAUGGGCUGAAGCUUCAAUCUUGCGUUUGGCUUCUGCAGUGGAGGAGCUAUCUGCAGAUUCUAGGAAGCGGCCUUCUACCUUUUAUGAUAUUCUGAAGGGGAAUUAGAGCACUGUAGAACAUUUCUGCACUGUGCCAGUUUCCUCUCUGGAAGGUUGUCUCACAUAAUCAUCAUAAGUUUGAAGAAUCUGCUCAUUCUCCAUUGGAGUGUGAGCACAAAGGCACUUGUAUUUCACAAAGUUUGAUAUUAUAAACACUUGGAUGAACCAUUCCUCAGUGUGCUCUAAAAUAAUCUGUUUUCUGUUGAAAAUUCUAGGAUAUGUCCUAUAGAAAGUCAAUAAUUGAUCCCUCUUUUGGGUUCUA